UCUAAAGAUGCCUCCAUUUUCAGACUCAUCGCGGGACGGCUACGAGGAGUAGUUGCGUGCUUUCAUGCUAUCGUUCUUCGGGGUUUUAACGAAACUCUUUGAUGCAGAUGACGGCUUGUUCGAGGACCGGAUAGAUGGGUUGUCGGUACCUCUAACUUCAGCCGAUUUUCUUCCUCACUUCAUACAAUGA